CUACGCUUGACCUUCAUUCUAACUCCAUUGAUUUUGCUUUUUUGCUCCCAUUGAGCGGCGCGACGGUCUCGUCGCAUUCGACCGUGUAUGGCACCUCUUCCGACAGCUGUUCGCCGUUUACACCGCGUCCCGCUCUACGCAAGUCGUAUUUCCUUCCAUGCAUUACGCGCCUUUGCCUCCCGGGCUCAAGAUCGAGACACGUCCGAAGUGCCUACCCUAAAGACAAAAAAGAAAUACUCAGAUUUACCAUUGGCAAGACUUCUACCUGAUGGAUCUGUUGCGCCUCCUUUGGCAGAGUGGAUAAGCGACUGUGUCGAACCAAUGCCGAAAGUUCGCGGGCGUGCUUUGAAAGCCCUUAAAGUUGUUAACUCUGAUGAUUUCGUUGAUGACGAGUCGGCAAAACAUACCAGACGAAAGACUAGCGUUGUUGAUUCUGAAGAUUCUGAACUGAAUGCCCCUCGUAAGCGGCGCUCUACGAAGAUCAAAGCAGAGGACUCAAUCGAAGUGGACAGCAAGCCAGGUCGACGUAUACAGGUAGCUGCCGUCGAUGACUUUGAAGAAUCCGUGCCCCGAAAACGCGUGAAAAAAGCGUCUGCCGAACAAAACACGGAUGACGAUAUACCGCCAAAACGAAAUUUCUUUUUGGAAGAUGAGGGGGACUCCAAACCUCGUAACCGUUCCAAGAAGUCAGAUACGGUGGACGAAACUAAUGAAAAGAUCAAGCCUCGUACACGUACUAAGAAGGCACCGAAGGAGACUGGAGCUGACAGCAAGCCUCGGAGGCGCUCCAAGAAAGCAGUUGCAGACGAAGAACAAGACACCCAACCUCGUAAACGAACGAAAAAAGUAGCUGGAACUGAAAGUGACAACGCCAUUGCAGCAGCCGCACAACCUAAGGCUCUCUUCAAGGAAGUUCAGGAAAAUCUAUCCAAGUUUCCUCACUGUGUUCUUUUAACCCGUGUAGGCCAGUUUUAUGAAUCUUACUUUGAUCAAGCUAUCGAAGUUUCACGUCUGCUGAAUAUCAAAUUGACGACACGCAAAUGGAAUAAGCAAUUCAUUCCUAUGUGCGGGUUUCCUCUUGUCCAUAUUGACAAGCACCUCAAAGCCUUGGUCCAACAAAAUCAGCGAUUCGUGGCAAUGUGUGAGGAGUUUCCUCGUUACCGUAGCUCUGGGCAAAGGGACUUCGAUCGCCGGGUAAUACGCGUUAUUACGCCUGGAACUCUCAUUGACGAGUCAUUCCUGAACCAAUAUGAGAACAACUAUCUCCUUGCCAUAAGUGCUCCUCUCGACGUACCAUUGGAUAACGCUGAACUGCAACAGUAUUCUGUUGGCCUCGCGUGGAUCGAUGUCUCCACUGGGGAGUUCUUCUCCAGGCACUCAGACAGCGAGAGUCUGCGCGAUGAUAUUGCACGCAUUGGCCCUCGCGAGGUUGUUCUCCAUAAAGACUUUGACGGUCGGCAUACACACCCUAUAUUCGUGGUUCUGGGAGAAGAAAGAAACCUUAUUUCUUAUAUCAUGCCUUCCAACAAGUUCACAUUUUCAAAUCCAGAGUCAGAGGAUAUCGCCUCAGCACAAGAUGUUUCCGGUACAUAUGAAAAAUUAGUUGCUGACAACAUGACAGACGCCAUAGACGUUACCGAUGAGGUUUUGGAGCCAGUGACUUCCAGGAGGUCCGCGGUUUAUACCGCUGACGAGGGAUCAGCCAUUACUUUGCUGACGGCAUACCUCAAAGCAAAUCUGCUGGAGCAUAUGCCAGCCCUGUCGCAUCCCGACCAGGAUAAUGUCGGUAAUCGCUUGUAUAUGGAUUCUCACACGAUCAAAGCUUUGGAGAUUCGCGAAAACAUUACAGAAGGAGGCACGACUGGAAGCUUGCUAAGCGUCAUUAAGCGGACAGUCACUUCUAGUGGUACACGACUACUUGCUCGAUGGCUAUGUUCGCCGAGCACCUCGAUCCCUGAGAUUCAGGCUCGCCAAUCACUCGUCGAAUUUUUCUGCUUGAGAUCCUACUUCCGUGAAGACCUUGUGGAAGCCCUGACAAAGCUUGAAGAUGCCAGUCGGAUCGUGCAAAAGUUUCUUCUUGGUAGAGGCGAUACCUCUGAUCUACUUGCCGUAUACACCACUGUAAAGACUUGGUCCCUUCUGAAGCUUCGAAUUGAACGUGAAAGGCUUCUGGAAGCGCAAGAACGAGAAGAGAACUUUAGUCCCUAUGAGUGGUCGAGCUUGGAUUCGUUGAUGGCUCGCUUUUCUGAUCUCGACGAGCUGAGCCAUAGGAUUGGGUCAGCGCUGGAAAAACCUGACAUUGACGCCGAUGAAUCCGAUGAAUCCGAAUUAGAAGAGGAAAUAGAGGACGCUGAACCUGCUUUCUUCAAAUGGAGAUACGGACCUAGUAAAUGGGUCAUCAAACCAGAAUUCUCCGAAACGCUCCAAACGCUCCACACCAAUCUACGCCGGCUCCUUCGGGAAAAGGAGGACCUUCAAGCCAGAUUGCAAAUCAACUAUGAUGCUCCCUCAUUGGGGCUGCGUUCUUCUCCUGGUCUGGGCAUGCACGUUCAUCUAGCUAGAGCCAAAAGAGAUCACCAUCGCCUCAAUAAAGAUCCCAAUUUCCUUUCCAUCAAUACAACGACCACGACUAGAAGUUACAUCUAUCAAGAAUGGUCUCUUCUUGGGUCCCAGAUUUUCCAAACUUCUAUGGCCCUUCUCGCCGCAGAAAAGGAGGCCUUUGAAACAUUACGAAACGAAGUUAACGGACAUGCUGCAUCACUGAGACGCAACGCGCGUAUUAUGGAUGAACUCGAUGUCACAUUGGCUUUCGCCAAUCUUGCUACGGAGAUGAAGUUUGUCAAGCCUACGUUCAGCGAAGAGACCAUUUACAACGUUACCCAUGGACGCCACCCUACAGUCGAACUUGGUUUGCUCACAACUGGAAAAGUGUUUACUCCCAAUUCCUUAGAAAUGAACCCAACAACUCGUCUUCACAUCAUAACGGGACCAAACAUGGCAGGGAAAUCUACACUGCUUCGGCAAACAGCGCUUAUAGCGGUGCUUGCCCAGACCGGCUCUUUUGUUCCUGCCGAUUCGGCCAACCUGGGGAUCGUAGACAAACUGUUCUCUCGUGUAGGCGCUAAGGAUGACCUAUUCCACAACCGAAGCACUUUCAUGGUGGAAAUGUUAGAGACGGCGGAGAUCCUUCGGCGGGCCACACCUAGGAGCCUUGUUAUUAUGGAUGAGGUUGGCCGCGGAACAACAGUCAACGAUGGUCUUGCGAUAGCAUAUGCGACUGUGCAUCAUCUUGUUACUCAGAACCGAUGUCGAGCUCUUUUUGCGACACAUUUUCAUGAAUUAUCUGACAUGCUCGGGUAUUCAGACCAUACAUCUAGCACAUUUGAAUCCGUGUCUUUUCUAUGUACGGAUGUGGAUGAAACAGAGGCUGGACGAUUUGCAUAUUCUUAUCGCGUUAGACCUGGUGUCAAUCGCGAUAGCCAUGGUCUUAAAGUGGCCCUCCUGGCAGGUAUGCCUGAACAGGCAUUGUAUGUCGCCGGGAAUGCGCUUGAAGUGCUCAAAAGUAGGAAGGGUGAAGGUCUGAGUCCUGUGCAGUUCCAGUUGUAGAUUGUACACCGCAGUAUUUCAUGUUUAUUGUAUCAUUAUUAUUUCUGUAACUAUAAUACUUUUUCUGUGUUAG